AACUACAGACAGUGCUAGUGUAGAGUAGCAUCAUCAGUUCACUGCGCACCGACAGCCAAACUAGCACCGGGGUCCGAGGCAGACGCCAUGGCCGACGACGAGGUGGUCGUCGCGUCCGCGGAGGAGUCGCUGACCACUCCGCUGCUCGAGCCAGCCGCGAGCCCCCGCGACCCGUCGGUGGAGGUGAGUCUGUACCGGCGGGGCGCCGGCCCGCCCAAGGUCUUCCGGUCGGGCCUGAGGGGCCCUCGCCGCGACCGCCUCGACGUGCGCGGCAUCCAGGCAGAGCACGAGCUCCGCGCCCUCUUCGCCUUCAAGCCGGGGGUCUCCCGCCGCGGCCUCCGGAUCCGGCCCGACCCGGCGACCGGCCACUCCGCCGUGCCCUUCCGCGACGGCGCCGCCAUCGCCCUCGACGGCGAGCCCAAGGUGCAGGUGUCGUGGACCAAGCCUGCCUCGAUGAUCGUCGUCGGUCUGCUGGUGCUGGCGUUGAUGGCGGUGGUGGCUUUCAACGGGGUGCCGGAGUCGCUACUGUCGUCGAGCGUAGUCAAAGCCCUCUUCUCGCCGUGGAUCCUCGCCAGCGCGGUUAUCGUCUUCGUCCGUCUCAGGAUGCGGCCACAAGCUCCUCCCCGUCUCAGGAUGCGGCCACAAGCUCCUCCAUGAACGGAACCGAGCUAUGGUACUGUAAUAACUCUCCUUUGUGAUAUCCAGAGAAGCCCUUCUUCUCUGGUUUCUCUUCAGGAAUUAUGUGCAAUGGAGACAAAAUUCCAGAAUAAAUGUGUGUGCAGUUUGCUUCAACGCGAAUAAUCAUCUCUGCUGACGAAAUUUUCCAUUUCA